GUGGUGUACGUACAGUAUCUGCACAUAUGUGACGUACUAAGCAAUGUUUGGGGACCACUUCUGGCUUGUGAGUGCUACUUUCAUAACUACUGGCUAAAAAGUACCGGAGAAUCUCUUUAAAGGAUGCUUUCUCAUGAGUGACUGUUUUUUUCUCUUUCAGGUUCUCUUAUGUACCUGAAUGAAGGCACACUCUUAAACAACGUCCGAGUGCGGUAUAGUAAAGACAAGAUUUAUGUAAGAUGUCCUCAUCUCAUUACAAAUCAAUUGUAGAUUAAUCCUAGGCCUUUAAGAUAGACCAUUCUCUUCCUGUAAGAUACAUCUGGUGGUCAUACGCCUAGUUGUGAAAUUCAGAUGCUCUAGCUCUGGGGUGUCAAAUUUAUUACAUGGAGGGCCGAGGAUUAUGUUUUUUCCUUUCAAUUAAGCCAUAGACAACCAGGUGAGGGGAGUUCUUUACUAAUUAGUGACCUUAAUUUAUCAAUCAAGUAUAAGGGAGGAGGGAAAACCCACAGAUACUUGGCCCUCCAUGGAAUGAGUUUGGCACGUGUGCUCUAGCUCACGUGAUGAUUAAAAAUUUGACUUUUUGCUACGCAGACUUAUGUGGCCAACAUCUUGAUUGCGGUGAACCCUUACUAUGACAUCCCCAAACUGUACGCUCCAGAGACCAUCAAGUCUUAUCAGGGCCGGUCCCUGGGCACUCUACCUCCUCACGUCUACGCUAUCGGUGAGGGCGCACCUCUCUAUUACAUCAAUGGCCGCUAUACUGCCUGGUUACUGGUCAUAAAUGCAGUGUUUUUAAAUGUAAAGCAAUGGCAACAUUUGACAUACAUUUGAAUAAAGCCUAGGACUAUGUUAUGUGAAAGUGUUGUCAAAGCAUCAGAUCCAUUACUUGAUUGAUUAUGUCUUUUUUUGUCUUUCUGUCUUUCAGCGGACAAGGCUUACCGGGACAUGAGGGUGCUGAAGAUUAGCCAGUCUAUCAUAGUGUCUGGAGAAUCUGGGGCCGGGAAGACAGAAAACACAAAGUUUGUCCUCAGGUCUGGCCUAAAAGACUACUGACUACUAUGAUCUUGUUAGUUAUUACAGACAACCUUAAAAAUAUUAAAGAUAGACUGAGCGAGAUGACGUUGCAUGCACGAAGAAAACAAUGGGUCAAUUUCCGCCACAAUUAAGUGUUGUAGCGCGAGACUAAACAUCUCAGCUGUUUUGGUCCUGUAGCUAUCACGUUGAAGCAGCGU